AUGAAGGGUGAGAUAAGCAUAAGCACAAGGAAAGGAAAGGAAAAGUUUGUUUUCCUUAUGCUUAUUGCAGAGUCCCGUUGUCGAGUUAUAACCCCAAGUUAUAUAGUACCAGAUUGCCAGCCUAUAUAGUACCAGAUUGCCUGCAUUAAACUAGCUAUUUUGAACUAGGUUGUUGAAAGUGAACGACCCAACGGAAUCUUGCUAUCAUUUGGAGGCCAAACUGCAUUAAAUUGUGGAGUGAAAUUACAAGAAGAAGGCGUACUGGCGAAAUAUCAACUCAAGAUUCUUGGAACGCCAGUGCAAUCCAUAAUCAACACUGAAGACCGACAGUUAUUUUCUCAGAAACUCAGUGAAAUCGGUGAAAAAUGUGCUCCGAGCGAAGCAGCAUAUUCAAUGGAGCAGGUACGAAUAGAAGGGUGGAAGAUGUUAUUAUCAGGAUAUUGGGCGUCACACUCAGUAGCACUAGUAGUUGAAGACUUUUGUAGGUGGAUAAUCUGAGUGUAAAUUUUAUAAAUUAUUAGACAUAACCAGGCUGCGAUAGUUCAAGAUUUUUGGUCGUACCUGACUGGUACGCCAAUGGUUGUUGCCGCAUACUUGAGCUGGUACAAACUCAGUACUCAAUGUGAGGUUAAAAUAAGGUUCGUAAAGUACAGGUUUCUGAAAAGUAUGUUCUAACUACGAGGUAGAAAAAGAAGCGCAAUUGUAUAUACAAACAAUCGACUCCGGCGUUUCUUAUCAACGGUCCAAUCAUGUUUGGUACCAGCAAAAAGUAAGUAUGCGGAUAGCAAGAGUUCCGCGUGCGUGGCUGAAAACAAAGCAGUACCAGACCGUAAUAUUGGCGUAGAGCGCUGCACCAGAAUACACGCUUCCGGAAAGUACGUCAUCUUGGCCAUAGAGCCUCGUUUUCGUGGUUGAGACGUUGCACUUUAGUCUUAUUUUAUCAAUAUUAGUUUUUGGUGUAGAGGUCUGGGGAUGUGCGUCGUAUUCUAAGUAUCUUAGUCAAGUAGAUAAACUUUUAAAACGUGCAUAUAAGUAUGGAUAUCUUAUGUAUCAGGUAUCGAUUGUUGAUAUAUUAAACAAUAAAGACAGAGAUUUAUGGGAGAAAAUAACUACGGAUCCCAUCCAUGCCCUGCAAGUUUUGCUGCCUCCUAGUCCUCAAUUAGAAUUACGCAAUCGCGGACACGAGUAUGAACUACCGAGAGUUCGAACAGAAAGGUUUAAAAGAGUGUUCGUUAAUAGAUGUCUUUUUAACUUCAUAUGAUAUUUUUUAAAUUAGAAAUUAACUUCUUAGGAACUACAUUAAACUUUAUAAUAAUGGUAUUUUAGCUCUAUUGAUGAAUAAUAUCAAUACUAAUACAGUAAUUAGUAUAAUAAUUAUUGAUAAGUAAGUGCAAAUUGUAAGCCGGCACGUUUGUUGUGAGGUGUUGCUUUUAAUAUUUUAAUAAAGAUUUAUUAAUAAAGAUUUAUACAUACAUACACUUUAACUAAUGUCACGUACACGAAAACGAGGCUCUAUAGCCAAAGUGACGUACUUUCCGGAAGGGUGAAUUGCAGGGUCGCAGGUUUGAUUCCUGUCAGAGGGUCUAUAGUUGCAUUUUUUGCAACUGUUCCUGGUUAGAUCUAAUCAAUGUAUAAAAUUUACACUUGAAACUUCCAUCAGCAAAAACAAUUCAGCAGAUGUUAUUAGCACACUGCAUUCGACAAUGUUAGCCAGAUCGAAUUGACGCACUGCGUCUGAUCGCUGAGCUAAUCCUGCUAUUGUUGAUCGAGUAUAAUGCUCAUUUAGAAAGGUUUAUUAGCGCAGCAUGACCAGUUUCCAUGGCUAGCUUUGCCACUAGGCACAAGAAAGGAAAUUCUGCCCCCUUAUAAGGUCCCUGGGGCCGAUUAUUCAAAGCACGAUGGACGUUAAUCCUGGGUUAAAAUUUAACCCACCUGUUGCUUUUUAGGUUGUUGGUGCAGCCUCGAGGCUUGGUUACCCAGUAAUGGUGCGCGCCGCGUUUGCUCUCGGUGGACUGGGGUCUGGUUUCGCUGAAGACGAAGAAGAGCUAGUUAGGCUAGCAAAGAUUGCGUUUGCGCACACGAAACAAGUCCUGGUUGAUAAAUCAUUGAAAGGAUGGAAGGAAAUCGAGUACGAAGUCGUUCGCGAUGCAUACGACAACUGUGUGACGGUACGUGCUCCGGGAAUUUCACAAGUGACCGUUUAGGUAUUCGCCUAUAACGCAGAUUUAAUACGGACACAGUGAGUCAGUACAGAAGCUGCGUACAAUCACAAUCUGGGCACAAUCAGACCUGUCUAACCAGGGCACUGAAUGGACCCAGCAAAGUUCCGUAUUAGAGAGAUAUCCGUAUUAUAGAUGUCCAUAUUAGAGAGGUGUCCAUAUUAGAGAGGCGUCCGUAUUAAAGAGGUGUCCAUAUUAGAGAGGUGUCUGUAUUAGAGAGUUGUCCAUAUUAGAGAGAUGUCUGUAUUAGAGACAUGUCCAUAUUAGAGAGAUAUCUGUGUUAGAGAGGCGUCCAUAUUAGAGGUGUCCAUAUUAGAGAGAUGUCCAUAUUAGAGAGAUAUCUGUGUUAGAGAGGCGUCCAUAUUAGAGAGGUGUCCAUAUUAGAGAGAUGUCUGUAUUAGAGAGAUGUCUGUAUUAGAGAGGUGUCCAUAUUAGAGGAGUGUCCAUAUUAGCGACGUGUUCAUAUUAGAAUUAGAGAGAUGUUCGUAUUAUAGAGGUGUCCGUAUUAGAAAGAUGUCCGUAUUAGAGAGGUGUCCGUAGGCCGUUCGUCAAGAGGAGGAAUUGUUUUCACGUGGUCCAGACGCCAACAGCAGCUUAUUGUAGAGCCUGUAUUCUUGCAUGAUGAUGAUUGUAAAUCAAUUCGUAUUAUUAGAAUCAUGGUUAUUUUUGUUGUUUUGCUAGGUGUGUAACAUGGAGAAUGUUGACCCGCUUGGCAUCCAUACAGGCGAAUCAAUUGUCGUAGCUCCGAGUCAAACAUUGAGUAAUGCUGAAUAUAACAUGCUGCGUACGACAGCGAUCAAGUUGAUUCGACAUCUCGGCAUUGUCGGAGAGUGUAACAUUCAGUACGCAUUGAAUCCUUUGUCGAGCGAGGUUAGUCUCAUUUCGUGCACUAGACAGCACUAUCAGUUCUGAAUUGUUUCUACAAAGGGUUAUUCUUAUGGUCCAGUAUUACUGCCGUGGGAACUUAAACUAAACUAAUUUUAUUUAUACUGGAUAGUUCUAUCAGUUCUAAACUGUUCUCCUUAAGGGUCAUUCCUUAUUGCUGCGGUGCUACUACAGGAGGAAAACUAAACUAACGUAACUUUAUUUAUACUGGACAUAUUCUAUCAGUUCUAAACUGUUCUCUAUAGAGAUUCAGAAAGAGCAAUCCCUUAUUGUUUCGGUGUUUAUUACGGCAGGAAACCGAAACUAAACUGACUUUGUUUGUACUGUGAAUAGCUCUAUCAGUUAUAAGAUUAAUUUUUAAUUUUCUAUUUUCUUUAGUAUUACAUCAUCGAAGUGAACGCUCGUCUAUCACGAAGCUCAGCCUUGGCUUCAAAAGCCACCGGAUAUCCCCUGGCGUACGUGGCUGCCAAGUUAUCCCUGGGAAUCCGUCUACCUGACCUCAAGAACUCUGUGACCAACUCCACCACCGCGUGUUUUGAACCCAGCCUGGAUUACGUCGUUGUCAAAGUACCCAGAUGGGACUUGAAGAAAUUCAACCGAGUUAGCACAAAGGUGAGGAAGUGAUUUCGCGAACAUCGUAGUUUUGUUUCAAAAUUAUGUAAAAUCCACUUAUUAAGGGUUGUCCCUCAGCAGUAAGUUAAGCCCAGUGCGCUCUAUAUGUAUCUGGAGUAAGAACUUAAGUCAAGCUAAGAUGGCGGAAAUUGACGUCGAAAAUUUGUGAAGGUCAUAAACAGUUUUCAUACCAUUUUUCCCAACAAAUUUCAGGGUUUUUUCUAACGGGUCGUAUCGCGAAUCAAGUUAAUAUCAGUUCAUGAAACCGUAAUAUUUUGUGAAUCGAAGUCAAAACACGAAAUGGGGGGGGGCUUAUAUACGGCGGUGGGAGGGGGGGACUUAUAUUUGGAAUGGCCUCAGCGUUAUAUAUUCCGGAGGUUUACGGCGUUAAUCUAUGCAUUCAAUUGCGAAUUAUUAAACAAUAUUGUAAGUCGCGAUUUAAUUUAUUUCCACUUUCACUUGAGAGAACAUAUAUCUGCGGCUAUUUUCAGUUGCCUUUUCUAAGUUCGAAAACAACACAUGAAUAGUUCCUAUCCAGAGGUAGUGAAUAGUAACAUAAAAACAGUUUGUUUUGGUAUAUUAGCAAAUUAUCGCAUGUGCAAAAGCAGAAUGAAACACUUCAGAUAUGGAGAUAUAUUUGGCAUAACUUUAUCAUUUUAAUAUUUUUACUCAGUCGCCACGGCCCACGAGGGCUACAACCUUUCGCCAUGCAGCUGCAAAAUUUGGUCGCAAUUGGCGACCUUGCCGCCCGGCCAUUUUAAUCCCUGUGACCAAGUGAACAUGCCAGUAAUGUAUUAUGUUUUUUAUCCCUGAGCACUUUUUCUACUGAUUAAUCUUGUAAUAUUUCUCAUAGAUUGGUUCAUCGAUGAAAAGUGUUGGUGAGGUUAUGGCUAUUGGUCGCAAGUUUGAAGAAGCUUUACAGAAAGCAUUGAGAAUGGUGGAUGAACAUAAUAUUGGUUUUGAUGUAAAUGGAUGUGAAGUCACUGAAGAUGUGAGUUAGGACUGAACUCGGCUGUGCAUGCUGCAAGGGAUGUCUGUACAUAACAAUGUUGUAAUGAGUCCAGUCAUUGACUCGGACUCGAGUCGAAUGCGAAAAAUGAUUCGACUCGACUACUCGAGUCAACAAAUGCUCCCAAAUGACUCGACUCGGACUCGACUUGUUGUUUUCUGUCGUAAAUGACUCGAGUCAACUCAGCUACAACUUGUUCAGGACAAAUUCAUCAAAAAUAUUGUAGUUGAAUAGAUUGGGAAGAGUCCUCUAAGGGCUUCAAGAAAUAAAAAGUAAUUCUCGAUGCAGAUAUAGGCAUGUUUCCACUUGUAGACUGGCAUUUUUGUUUACCUUUUUGUUCACCGUACAAUUCGCGUAGCCAUUGACUCGACUCGACCAGAGAGCGAAAUGACUCAACUCGUGACUCGACCUGUUGGUGACUCGUUACAGCACUCGUACAUACCCAUAGUGUCAUUGCAUAGAAUUCCCAAUGUAGAGAGAUUAACAUAUUUCUCCCAAGGGAGGGUGGGUUAGUUGAUUGGCCUUUUGUGAUUGGCUCGAGCGUUCCCUGCACUCUUAUGUAUCUUUUCACACAAUUAUCAUGAGGACUCAUGAUAAUUGUGUGAAAAGAUACAUAAGAGUGCAGGGAAUCUAAUCCACAAUCUCUUUGGUGGCGCCUGCCCUCACGAUUUCGCCACUGAAGCUCCUCAUUGAAACAUUGUGUAUAUUGUUAUCUAGGAACUAAAGCAGCCAUCAGACAAGCGUAUACACGUUCUAGCCGCGGCGUUGGAAGAAGGUUAUAGUGUUGACAAACUUUACGAAAUGACCAAGAUUGAUCACUGGUUCUUGCAUCGUAUGAAAAAUAUCAUCAAUUUAAAGAAAAGCUUGAAAGAAAGUCAUGUGAAGGUUUGUGUUUGAUGAAAGAUAAACAACCAGCCCAAAAUUAAUCUUAACUUUACUCAGAUAAAUUUCAACCUAAACUGAGGAUGUUUUCUAAAUUGGCUUGCUUUAAGAAAGUGAUUAGUGUUUGCGAAUCGUUUUGUAGACAAUUUACUUGUACAAUGUAAGCUUUUUUGUUUUGUAAAGACUGAAUCGCUAUGAUGUACAGUUUAGAACUGAUAAAGCUAUCAAAGUUUAGUUUAAGUUUCCUACUAUAUAUAUAGAGACGCUGGACCAAAGUGAAAUUGGUUUACUUUAGAAAUAAUUUUGAAUGUAUUGAUAUUUGUUCGUUGUAGGUUCAUGAUUUGUCGCGACCACAACUUCUUGAAGCUAAGAAACUUGGCUUUUCUGACAAGCAAAUUGCUAAAGUUAUUCAAAGGUUGGUAAGAGAAUCGUAUAUAUAUCGUGUUCCAUAAAACCAUAUCAUAGCAUACUAUACCAUACACCAUAUCAUACACCUUGAUAUACUAUAUGUCACACCAUACCAUACCACUCCUGACCAUACCAUAUCACAGCAUCCCAUACCAUAUCACAUGCAGUAUCCCAUACCUUACCACCCGGCACUUUGUCAAUACAUACAUACCAUACCAUACCAUACCAUACCAUACCAUACCAUACCAAGCACUCCAAAACUGAGUAGUUAAAGAAACUAUUAAAUCACAUUCCAACCCAAACUGUAUAGUGUACAGGCUAUUUUUUUCCUUUUAUAAUAACAUCAUUAACAUGUCUUAUCAAGGACACGAAAAACUGGACAAAAAAAACAAGAACAUUUAAAACAUUUACUGUAUAAAUUCUUUUUACAUUACAACACUGAGGCGAGUGUCGGACGUGCACGAAAAUCAAUGAAUAUCAUGGCGUGUGUAAAACAGAUAUCCAGCUGUUACAAACUGUCUGUACCAUACCAUACCACACCUGAUGCCAUACCACUACCGUACCACACCAUACCAUACCUGAUACCAUAUCAUAUCUGAUACCGUACAUGAUACCAUGCCACACCAUACUAUACCUUAACUAUACCAUACUAUACCUCACCGUACCAUACCUUAUCUUACCACACCAUACCAUACCUCUCAUGCGAUACCUCUCAGCCUCAUUUUGAUUACUGUUCUCCCCUGUGGGAUAACUGUGGUUUGGGACUUCAAGACAAAUUGCAAAAAUUCCAAAAUCGAGCAGCAAGGGUGAUUACCGGAGCUGACUACGAUGUAAGAUCGUCUGAAGUCCUAAACAAAUUAGGCUGGGAAACCCUGGCUAGGAGACGAGAACAAAACAAGCUAGUAUUGAUGUAUAAAGUCUUGGGGAACCACACUGCGCCAAACCUUAAAGAUCUUUUUUCUCGGAGAAAUGCAUCGCAGAAUAUUUAUGAUUUACGCAAUAGCGAAACUGAUCUCUCGUUAAGAAAAACGAAAACGAAAUUUCUAAAGAAAACAUUUGGAUACAGUGGAGCAAUUCUAUGGAAUAGUCUCCCGCAAGAUGUCAAGGCGGCUGAGUCAAUUACGUCAUUUAAAACAAUGGCGAAAUUGCAUUUAAGCAGCUGAUAAGCUAAUUUCUCCAGGACCAAAUGAUGGGAGGACAAUAUAGAUUGUGGGCGGGAGGGGGGUUAGUUUUGCGUGAGGGUGGGUGGGUACUUGUUUAUGGGGUGGAGGUUUGGGAGGAAGAUGAUAAAAUUUUAGGGUGGGAUUCUUACAUAUUUUGUUCUAUAUAUAAUUAACAUUUAGCUCUUUGUGUGUAUACGCCCUUCGUGGAAACCAGUUGUAAAUAAUUGUCGAAGUUAGCGUAUUGAAAUAAAGUUUUACAUACAUACAUACAUACAUACCAUACCAUAUCAUGCCAUAUACUAUACUAUAGUAUAUUAUACCAUACCAUACCAAUAUCAUAGCAUAAUUUAGCCAAUAUCAUAGCUUACCAUCCCUUACCACACCUUACCAUGCUAUACUUUACCACACCAUACUACCUUACUACACAUUUUAUCUACCUUACUACAUACUAUAUAUGUACCUAACCAUGCCACACCAUACCAUACUCAAAAAUGCCUCCCCAUACCAUAAUUUACCAUUCCUAAUCAUGCCAUUUUACGUUUUUCAGCACUGAAGCCAGUGUUCGCCAUGCUCGGAAAUCAAUGAAUGUCUUGCCGUGUAUAAAACAGAUCGAUACUGUCGCUGCUGAGUAUCCAGCCGUUACAAACUAUCUGUACUUGACAUACAGUGGUGAUCAAAAUGACCUGGAUUUUCCUGGAGGGGCUAUGAUGGUGUUAGGGUCUGGAGUAUAUCGUAUUGGAAGCAGUGUUGAGUUUGACUGGUGUGCUGUUGGCUGUAUACGUGAACUGCGCAGAGUAAGUAUCGAGACUUAAUUAAGCCCCGUGGAGACAAGCACGUUUUCCUUUACAAGUUUUAUUUGCUCGUCUAUACGGCAAAAGAUGACAAUCUUUCUUUGCCGAUUAGCCUUGUUCCAAAGGCAGCUAGGCAUGGCAGCUUUUGGAAAAGGAAAGCUUCACAAGGAAAACUUCACAAGUGUACAAACAAUACUUCUAUGGUUCUGGAAAACAAAAGCCCGUGGGAUAAAUCGAUUAACCAACAUUCCGUGAAAUUCCGAGCACACGAGCGACAUAACUUGUCAGGGAAAACUUGUUGACCAUACACAUGAGAAAGUAAACCUAUAAAAAAACUUCGUAAGACGUCUGUAAAAAGUUAAUACGUGUCUGUCAUCCAUAAUUCAAUAAUUUUAGAACUGAACUGAUGACAAAUUUUUGAGUCACGCCUGUAUUCUAAAAGCUCACACUCACAUUCAAUGAGUGGAGGUUCAAUCUGAGCUUUUCUUGAGUGUCAAUACUGUUUUUUUUAAUACUGGAGGGUGAGUAUAGUCACAUUAACCCUCCAGCUAUUCAAAAACAGCAUUGACACUCAAGAGAAGCUCAGAUUGAACCUCCACACAUUGAGUGUUGAGUGAGCUUUUACAAUACGGGCGUAUACGGGCUUCCGGAAGAAUACGGGCGUAUACGGGAUUCCAGGCUUUGCUCUUGUUUUCUUUACACUGCAGUAAUUUGAAAAAUAAUUGCACUGCUCUUAGCCAAUCAGAAUUGAGUAAUUUUUUCAUCUAUAUUUUUAACCACAGUAAAUAAUUAACCACAGUAAAUAUUUCCUCUUCUCCACAGCUUGGCAAACAAACGAUCAUGGUGAAUUACAACCCUGAGACAGUCAGUACGGAUUACGAUGAGUGUGAUCGACUUUAUUUUGAUGAAAUUUCUUACGAGGUGAGUCUAUAUAUAUCUUGCAAAUCUUGGCGUUCAAUAAUCUCUCUGUGGCAAGUGUCGCACAACAAAUGUUGCUUUUCAUGAUAAUUAAGUAGUAUUUGGGAAAAUUUGACUGACAGUUCUCUAAUUCUGAGUGAACGAAAUCUUUGUAGGUUUGCAUGGCGAAAAUAGAUGUAAUUGUUUUAGUUUGUGGAAAACAUCGCUCAAGAUUUUGAAUUACUCUGUGCCUGAAAAGUGUUCAUCGAGUUUUCAACAUCUUUGCAAAUGGAGAUUGCCAAUCUAGGAAACUUUCGUCAAGUUCUCUGCAAACUACCAUUUUCGUAAAAUGUUUUAACCACGAAAUUUCGUUAUUAAAAUGCGAGUAUAAUUAACUAUUAAUUCACCUAGCCUUGAUAAACAACCCCCAUACGUUUGUAUUUAGGGCAUCUACACUUGAAGUUCUAAAUACGAAUCCAAAUUGAAAUACUAAGACAGUAACUUUCAACUCAAUUUCCAAUGGCGGAAAAAAUUAUUUCGACUCACUGACCACUUCAAACCGGAUCGUAUUUGACCAUUUUUCAACUGAAUGAUGUCUUAUUUGAUAGCUGAAGGCUUGAUCUUUAGUAAAAGUAAAUCUUUAGAUCCAUCACCUUAGAUCCUUUGCAAGGCAUGAUAAGAUACCGAAGUUGGAUUUCAUUGAAGCAAACAAAAUAUUAUAUAAACGUUAACCAUUCAAAUAAAACUUGCCCUAUAUUUUACGAUUUCCCAUGAUAAAUAAAUUCUUCUCAUUUCUGCAAAUAAAAAUUACUUGAAAAUUUACUUGUUUCUGAAAAUUGAAAUACCUGGUUUUUAUGCGCCCUCAGCCGCCCUGCAUAUUUCCUCUUUUUAGAUAAAGCCUCGUUAUUGUGUAUGUGACAUUAGUUAAAGCCUAACGUCUCAAUCACGAGGCUCUAUAGCCAAGGUGACGUACUUUCCGGAAGCGUGGAUUACAAUGUGCAUGUGGCUUUCAGAUAAAUAUAAAUUUACACCAUUUUCCAAACAGACUGUAAUGGAUAUAUACGAAAUGGAGAAUCCUGAAGGUGUCAUUCUGUCCAUGGGUGGACAGUUACCAAACAACAUUGCAAUGGCUUUACAUCGUAGUCAGGUUUGUUGUUACCAGUAGAUAUAAAAUUAGUUUAGUUAGUUUAGAUUUCCUGGAUCAAUAAAGGUGGCCACCUAGGGAGUAUACAAGAAAAGUAUAAAACUGAUGGAGCUAUCCAGUAUAAAUGAAGUUAGUUUAGGUUACCUCCUGCAGUAAUUUUGGACAGUAAUGGAAGAUUCUUACUGGACCUCUAUUUGUUAUUCUACAGGUUCGAGUUUUGGGUACUUCGCCAGAAAUGAUCGACAAUGCAGAAAACAGAUUCAAGUUUUCCAGACUGUUGGAUAGUGUCAAAAUAUUACAACCAAAGUGGAAAGAAUUGACAACGUUAGAAGUAAGUUUGGAAUGUGAGCAACAGAAAGUUUUGUAAUUUUAUGUCUUUCAGUAUAAGGGGAACCUUGGAUUGUAUUUAAAAAGGAAAGAAUGCAUACAAGAGCAUGUGGUCUAUAGUUUUUUUUUUACACAAAUGCAGGAGAAUUUACGUAAUGAACUUUUUGGGCACCUCGUGAUCGAAGGGAAUCUGCAUGCGAUGUUUGACAGGGGAAGAUACCAAAGUUUGCUUAAAUAACAUUUUGAUUAGUGUGAACGCAUGUUUUAGAACUGCACUUUAUGACAAAGAAAAAUUAUUCAGUAUAAAUCUUGCCCCGUAUUGUGCUUGUCUUCAGACAUUACCGCAGGUAAAUAUUUUAUCAUAAUGGUAUAACAGUAUAAAUAGCCAAACAAAUAAAUCGAAGUGAAUAAUCGUGGCCCGUUUAAGAAUGUUGUUGACUCUAUCCUCACAAUUUGAAAUAUAUAGACCCUUUUCAUAAAUGGCUACCGAUUAAAAAUUCUUUUAUGUGCAUAUAAUUGGCCCAACCCAGAAACGAGGCUAGUUGGGCCAAUUUAUAUGCACAUAAAAGAAUUUUUAAUCGGCAGCCAUUUAUGAAAAGGGUCUAUAGUAAAACAAAAAUACUUUUAAAAAACUCCAAAGAUUAUUUUCUCGAUCAUAAAGCUCCAUUGAAGUUCAAAAAGUUCAUAACGUGGUUGCAUAAAAUCAAUCCCGCGCGUGGAAAUCGCGAGGGGCAAAUUUACCACUUUACCGGUUUCAAUAUGGGGUUGACUUGGUAUUUCGUGGCAAACAAGUAAUGGAACACAUUACUCGCUCCUAUUAGUGCAUGCGAAUACAUUUUAAUUUUAACCACCACCACCUAUAAUAGACUUUUUCUAUUUUUUUCAGGCAGCCAAAGAAUUCUGCAGCAAAGUUGGUUAUCCCUGUCUAGUGCGACCAUCCUACGUUCUUAGUGGCGCUGCAAUGUACGUCUCUUUCUCUGAUGAUGACCUCACGGAAUAUAUGGCCAAGACCGCUUCUGUCUCCCGUGAACAUCCUGUAGUUAUAUCAAAGUUUAUCAUGGAAGCCAAGGUACGCUUGGGAGAAAAAAGACCUGGGAGACUUUCCGUAUAAUUGUCCCAAAAUGACGUCUCACCGGGACUUCUAGUGACACUGUGGAUCUGAAACCCUGGUCCCAACAAAGAGGUGACGAGAGUUUAUGAGAGUUCAAACGCUCAACUUUCAUCGACGGUUAUGCACUUUCAUCAACUCUCAUCAAUUUUGAGGUUGAGCUUGGCUUAAAUUUUGAUGAGAGUUAAUGAAAGUUUUGGUGUGACCGGUGCUAUCCAGUCAACUGUCACGCAACUCUUGUUCUCGUUUGAGCAUCGCAUCAACUCUCAUACAAACUGUCGCUUCUCGACUCUCGUCAACUCUCCAGGCUUUUCGGGAUUAUUUUGAAUACUGUAAGUGGCUGUGUUGAUAAAGUAGGCUGUGGGGAGCGGUCUAGGGAGUCUUAAAAUCGUCCAAUUAAGUAGUGUAUAUUGAUUAUAUAGCAACACAACUGAGCUCUGUACCAAAUUAUAAUGUAUUACUACUUUCAUUCUUCAACAAGACAAGAUAAUUUCAAGAUUUAUGAUGGUAAACAACCAAAUCAGCUUUACGAAAUAGUACGUCGUUUUCGAAAAUAACCAGGCUGUAAAGUAGACUAGGUUGAGGAAAAAUAACUUUGUUUGAAAGCUUAGAGUGGAGGAAGGAGAGCAGAAUUGAUAUUUCAAGUACGAAUUGAACGAAGUAACUGGCGGUAAAACCUCGUGUCACCCGCCGGCUCAUUUUGAAAGCCCUGCUCUUAUCCUCGUUUGACCGGGGCUUGACUUUGUAUUGUUCUUUUAGGAAAUUGAUGUGGAUGCAGUGGCUUGCGAUGGUGAAGUACUCGCUGUUGCUAUUUCUGAACAUGUUGAGAACGCCGGAGUCCACUCUGGAGAUGCCACGAUGGUCCUCCCAGCUCAGGAUAUUAAUAAACAAACCAUGGAGAAAAUACGAAAUAUUUGUUAUGCUAUUGGCAAGGCUUUGAUGGUUAGCGGGCCUUUCAAUAUGCAACUCAUUGCUAAGGUAAUGCGAGCUUUAUCGUGGAGAACAUGGGUAUGUUUGUUAUGUAUUAUAAGUAUAGUAACACUGGAUCAAUAAGAGAUAGCUCUUACUGGAUCUCUAGGGAGAAGAGUUUAGAAUUGGUAGAGCUAUUCAGUAUGAAUAUUAAAUAAAGUUCCAGCCUCAGGUUUCCUCCUGUAAGUAACAUUGGAAACUGAACCUUUAGGGAGGAGAGUUCAGAACUGCUAGAGUUAUCCCGUCUAAAUAAAGUAACUUUAGUUUAGGUUUCCUCCUGUAGUAACACUUCAGCAAUAAGGCAUGAUCUUUACUGGACCUCUAGGGAGAACAAUUCAGAACUGAUAGAGCUAUCCAGUAUACAUAAAAUUAGAUUGGGUUAGGUUUCCUCCUGUAGUAAUACUGGAACAAUAAGGGAUGAACUCUAGUAAGAACAGUUCAGAACGGAUAGGCUAUCCAGUAUAAAUAAAGUUAGUUUUGUUAAAGUGUCCUCCUGUAGUAACACUGGAGCAAUGAUCUUUAAUAAAUCUGUAGGGAGAUAAGUUUAGAACUGAUAAAGCUAUCUGAUUCUAAGCGGUAUGUAUUUUUUUAGGACAACGAACUGAAAGUUAUCGAAUGUAACCUGAGAGUAUCUAGAUCAUUCCCCUUCGUUUCCAAAACCCUCAAUUACGAUUUCGUUGCCUUGGCAACCCGCGUGAUAUGCGACGCCGAUCCUGAGCCCGUGAUGGAAUUGAACUGCAAUGGUCGUGUUGGAGUAAAGGUUAGUCAUUCGAGGGUACUUAGAGUUAAUUGAGUUUAAACAUUGGUUACGGGUUCUUGAACAGCUAAUUAAAAUUUCCAAUGUUUAAUUCAUCAAACUAUAGGAAGUGAGGGUGUGCCAAUCAUCCUUACUUGCAGCUCAGAGCUGAGCUGAAUUACGAAGGACGCAGCUCAACCUGAUCGAGUCGAAGGUUUUCUAAAGGCGCCUCAGGCAGCCACCUUAUGACUCGUGUGUGUUCACGGAGCAGAGCUACGGUGCAAGGGUCAGUUAGGGGUUAAUCCCAACCCACCCUGUCAACCUUCCCUGUGGGAGGAAACUGGAGAAAACCCACGCCUUUCGCCAGAGAGUUCACUCAUUCUCUUCCCAUUUAUACGUAACUUCAGAACACUAAGUGGUGUUGUGUGUCUUUGUAUAGGUGCCACAAUUCUCCUUCGCUCGUCUGGCUGGUGCAGAUGCAAUGCUUGGCGUGGAAAUGGCCAGUACUGGUGAAGUGGCGUGUUUCGGAGAGAAUCGCUAUGAAGCUUAUCUGAAAGGUAAUGGUAAUAUCAUUACUGUCGAUCACACAAGGUUGUGUUUCUCUAAUUUACAAUGCAAGUGCUUGCCAGCUAAAGCCCGGAUCAAACGAUGAUGAGAGUGCAUGAUCUUGGUUAGCUGUUCUUGCUUUCCCAACACUAGCAUGUAUUCUAUGUAAGUUGUAUUGUACAUAGUUGGAACGCUCAUUAAACCUUUAUUUUGUUAAUGUGGACAUUGAAAUGUUCCCCGUAACAAUGCGUGACUGGCAACUCUCAUUAACUCUCAUUCUCGUUUGACCGGGCGUAAGACAGAGCUCACUAAUUAAGGAAACAAGUCAUUUAAAACACCGAACCAGGAACAAUUAUUUUUGACUCGCAAUAAGAACCAGUCAAGAACCAACUCAGCCUUACAGUAUUUCCCACUAAGUACUUAUUAGAUAAGAACCACUUCAGCCUCGCAUAAAAGAUAGUGGUUCUUUUAUGCGGGCUCUUCUGUAAGUAUCAUCCUUCUGUAAGUAUCGAAAUCAGACUUGUUGGAACAACUUGUUGCCAGUGUGUUGGCUUCAACCUUUGUAUUACAAGAUGAUAACAAAUUGUUCCAGACUUGUAAGCCACUGGAAACAAGCAUUGCAAACACAUCUUGUUGACAAGCUGGUAAGAGGCAUGGCGCUAACCGAAUAUGCAUUCAUUUUUCAAAGGUUUGAUCAGCACUGGAAUGACUGUCCCGAAGGAAAGUAUUAUGUUGUCCAUUGGUAGCUUCAAGGCGAAGAAUGAAAUGUUAUCCAGUGUUAAGACAUUAAAAGAGUUGGGCUAUCAGUUGUAUGCCAGUCUGGGAACCGCUGACUUUUAUUCUGAACAUGGAGUCGAGGUAGGUUGAGAUUGAAGCUAAAUUUAUUCAGUAGUGAGUAUUAAGUUCGGUCUACGAGUUCGGAAAGCGAAGCUUGUUCAGUCACGUGGGUUUCCCCUGAAAAACAGGGAAUGUCUGUGGUUGGUCAGUUACAGUGUCUGGAACGUGAGUGUGACAGGCGUCUGGGGCCCGGUGUGGGGGUCAUGGCUGAGUUGCGGGGAUUUGCCAGCCCUUUGGGCGGUAUAUUCUAUCUAGGGGCUGGUUUCGGAUGUGGAAGUCCCUGGAUAACCCAGACAAGCGAUGAAGUUGUUAAUAUAAGUUACCUUAUCAAUUUAAAAGAUCUUCAAAAUGAGAUGAUAAAAAAUUUCAGGUUAGCCGCAUCUUAAACCAUUUUUGAAAUUCUUAAGGUUCAACCCGUCGACUGGCCGUUUGAAGAAAGCGGUAAUGGCAGUAAAAAGAAGAACAUAGCUGAUUAUUUAACACAAAAUAAAUUCGACAUGGUCAUUAAUCUUCCUCUAAGAAACUCUGGUGCUAGGAGAUCGUCGUCGUUCCUGACUCAUGGAUAUCGCACGAGGCGCAUGGCUAUUGAUUACUCCAUACCCUUGAUCACCGAUAUCAAAUGCGCCAAACUGUUCAUUGAGGUAAAACAGAACUAAAUUGUUUAUGAAAAGGAAAGUAUAUUAUGUGGUUUAUGAGACCUGGAAAAAGUAUCAGUUAAUGUUCCGGCCUUGGAUCCUGGAUUUACCUUUUCAAAUGUUCCUCAAAAGUGCGUAAAAACAAUUGGAAAUUUGACCACACUUUACACCAUUAUGUGUAUGCAACAACAACGUAUACUUGACUGUAUUUGUUACAUGUCUCCAAUACAGAGAAUAUUAAGAUCCACGUAGCACUAUGUUAGUAAUGGACCAAACCGGAAAAAAGUUCUAACUGAUAGGGUUUUUCAAUUUGAAUAAGGUUAGUUUAGUUUAGGUUUCCUCCUGUGGUAUAAGACUGGAUCAAUAAGGGAUGGCUCUUACUGCAUCUCUAGAGAGAUCAGUUGCACCUCUAAGGAGAACAGUUAGAACUGAUAAAGCUGUCCAGUAUGAAAAAAGUUAAGUUGGUUUAGGUUUCCUCCUGUAGUAACACUGGAUCAAUAAAUGGUGACCCUUACUGGACCUCUAUAGGGAGAACCAGUUUAGAACUGGCAGAGUUAUCCAGUGUAAAAAAGUUAGUUUAGUUUAGGUUUCCUCUAGCUGUAGCACCCAACUGAUAAGACUGGAUCUCUAGGGAGAGCAGUUUCGAACUGAUAGAGCUAUAUCCUAUAGACAUAUAAUAUAGACAUUUUAACAUAUAAAUCUUAUCAUUUAGGCUCUACGCAGAGUUCGUGGAUCGCCAGCCAUCAAGACCCACAUCGACUGUCUAUCUUCAUUCCAAGCUUAUCGACUACCAGGUCUUAUUGAUGUACAUGUACAUAUGCGAGAACCCGGCGCGAGCUAUAAGGAAGAUUUCGCCUCUGGUACAGCAGCUGCCCUAGCUGGGGGCAUAACCAUGGUACUAGCAAUGCCGAAUACAAACCCUGCUGUGAUUGAUCAAGCGUCAUUUCAAGUUGCACAACUGGUAAAUGAAGAUUUACGAAGUUCGUUAGGCGGUUAGGGAGGUGAUCGACCUAGGAUAAACGCAUGUCUAAAGCUGGGUUUACACAUGACCUAUAAAAUACCGAGCUAAAACAGUUAUUCCUGUAGUUUAAGGUGGCUCGAUAUUUUUUUUUGAAUGGAAAAUUCACGAUUUAUAUCCGUAUUUUUGGAUUAUUACUUGUUGAAAAACAAGAAGUAUCUUACUGAUGUAAAACAACAUCUAAAGGGUUUGAAUUUUUUCGCAAUGGCGGAUAUUUAAUUCGUAAACGACAUCGGUGACCCCCAAUUUUUAUUUCAUAAAAUGAUUUCUUUUGGUAUACUCAAUUAUUUCGACAAUUGUAAAAAAAAUAUUUAAAAAAACCCUGAUUUUUUUAAAAAUUGUUAAAACAGUUGAGUAUAGAUAAUGAGUUAUAUUGUUAUUCUAAUGAGUUUCACAGCCAUCUUCCCUUGGCUAUGGGCUGGGGAAAGCAAUAUUGGCGUACCUCCGAAAUUAUCGCACCCUGCUAAGGUCGAUGUAUAAAUCGGGCCAGUGGUAUGCGAGAUCAUUUAUCUGAAAAAUUUUCGUCUUUUCAGGUGGCUGCCCAAGGUUCACGCUGUGAUUAUGGUCUAUAUUUCGGCGCUAGUUCAACAAACACAACUUUAUCUCCACAACUUGCGAGACAAGCCGCUGGUCUCAAGAUGUACCUGAAUGAAACGUUCACGACAUUGAAACUGGACGACUGUAGCUUGUGGAUGAAGGUAAUCGUGUAAUUCGCACGUCCAGAUCCUCACUCACUUUGUAUCAUUUACAACAUUUUAUAUUUUACCAGCAUUUAAACAACUGGCCGAAACAUCUUCCAAUAUGUUGUCACGCAGAAGGUCAAACGACUGCAGCCAUUUUGUUACUGGCGGAACUAUGUGACCGACCUGUACAUAUCUGCCAUGUUGCUAGACAAUCAGAGGUUAGUCCGUAUAAUAUAUUAUUUUUAUUUUGUUUUUUAUAUACGGAUUGCUAUUGCAGUCUAUACUUUAUUGUUUAUCAUCCUAAUUGAGCACGUGUAGUGUAACAUGCACAGUUGUUUUUGCAUGCAUCUUUUGUAUGGAGAGUCCAUAGACGGAUUUUGUGGGGGGGGGGGUGCUACCCCCCCAAUAUUAGCUAUAACCCCCCAAACAAAAUGUCCACCCCUCCAAAAAAAAUUUCAACCCCCCCCCAAUAUUCAGCAUAAUAAAAAAUAAUUAAAUAGUCCACUCCAACGUGCAGAGUGUUGAUGAUACAAAAUAAACGGAGGAGUACACUCAAAUAGAAAAAGACAGUGCAAUACUCUGAAACUAAUCGCUCCUCGCUUGCAUUCACUGGUUUAUUGGAGCAAUUGUAAAGUUUUGAAACUCUAUUAUCUCCCCUGAAUAGAGUUUGCAGUGCCUUGUCAUGCAAAUAGCUUGCUUGCAAGGAACGUUUGGAAUUUUUACGAACAUUAUUUUUAGUUUUUAAUUCUUUUAGGAAAUAGACUUGCCUAGAUUUAAUCUUUACGCCCCAAAUAUUAUUUACGUCGGAGUUGCAUCAUAAAUUGUACUUGGAUUCAAACGAUACAAUGUCAAUGACUUUAUAAAAGUAAAAGCAUACUGUGUAUUGGCCUAUUGGGUUUACACUUUUACAGGUUCAUUUAACUUUAACUCCCUCAAGUCUCAACAGACAAUCGGACAUGCCAAAUCCAUUGAUAUGACAACUUCAAAAAACUUUUUUCGAAGCUAGAAAUCAUGAUUUUUUUCAAAUUUUUCCAGGGAUACUUUGUUUUCUGCUCUAAGUCACCUGCUCACGGCUCGCCCCCCUAAAAUUUCUGGCACCACCCCAGUAAAAAAUAUGAAAAUCCGUCUAUGGGUAGAACAGUUUAGUGCUGAUAAAGCUACCUCAAACUCAUUAAUAAUUCAUGAUAGCUCACGUGAUUACACUGGAUACCUGGUGAAGUAUAUUGAUGCAUUCCUAGCACUGGAUCAAAAUUAAUUCAAUCCUUGGACUGGAUCAAAAUUAAUUCACCUCACUCUCAGUAGUGAUUUAUUCGUAUGGGAUGUAAUAUUUCAAAUCUGACUAUGAGGACUGGACUAGAUUUCAAGUCUUCGCAUUUUAACCCAGUCCUCAGCUUCGCCUCGGCCACUUGAUCAAAUUGCGCAGACUUGAAAUCUAGUCCAGUCCUCAUAGUCGGAUUUGAAAUAUUACAUCUAGUAUAAAGAAGUUAGUUCAGUUUAAGUUCCCUUCUGUAGUAAUACAAUUAGUUAAGUGUAUGUUUUUUCUCAAUAAGGGAUGGAUCUUACUGGACCUCUAGUGAGAACACUUUUGAACUGAUAGAGCUGUCCAAUAUAAAUAAAGUUAGUUUCGCUUAGAUUUCCUUGUGUAGUAACACUGGACCAAUACGAGAUUGCUCUUACAGGACCUCUAGGCAGAACUGAUAGAGCUACCCAGUGUCAAAAAGUUAGGUUAGUUUACGUUUUUUCCUGUAGUGAUACUGGAUCAAUAAGAGAUGGUUCUUAUGCAAGAUCUUUAAGAGAAUAUUUUAGAACUGAUAGGCUAUCCAGUAUAAGAAUUUUGAGGGCACAUAGUCUCUUACGAUUUUAAGCAAAUUAUUUAUUAUCUAGAUCAUGAUUAUCCGAGCAAUGAAAGAAAAAGGUUUUCCAGUGACGUGUGAAGUUGCACCACAUCACUUGUUCUUGACGCAAGAUGACGUAGAAAGAAUUGGACCAACCAGAUGCCGUGUUAAACCUCCUCUUGUGACCGCUGAAGACCAACAGGCAUUGUGGGAUAACAUGGAUAUCAUUGACUGCUUUGCAACAGAUCAUGGUACAGCCCUGUUCAAUUGUGUUCUGUAAACACGCAAACGCGUUCCCGAAUCAUGUGAUCAGAUCGUGGCAAAAGUAUUAAUCUACACACGUAAAAACGCACAAGUUGUAACAAACCUGCAGCAGACUUGUAGCAAUGCUGUUCCAACAACUUGUCAUCAGGAUGUGUUCGCACUGCUUGUUCCCAGCUUGUUGACAAGUUGUCAACGGCUUGUUGACAACUUGCUACAAGGUUGUUCAGAUCAACAGUCUUGUUACAAGUUGUUUCAACAACUUGUUAUCGUCCUGCAAUUCAACAAUUUGUCAACAAGUUGUGAGUGACAAUCUUGUAGCAACUUGAUAAAUAACCGCAUUGUCACAACUUGUUGACAAGCUUGCUACAAGCCCGUUGCGAACACAUCUUGUUGAAAUCUCACAACUUUUCAACAAGAUGUGUUCGCACUGCUUGUUUCCAUUUGUUGACAAGUCUGGAAUAAGUUGUUAUCAUCUUAUAACAAGGUUACAUGAGGCCAGCAGACUCGUAACAAGUUGAUAACAACAAGCUCGUAGCAACUUGUUACGAACAGCCUGUAUUAGUUUUGUUGGAACAACUUGCAGCAAGUCUGUUAACGUCAUCAACCUUGUAACAAGGUGAUAACAACUUGUUCCAGAUCUGCUUGUCACAACAACUUGGAAGAAGCAGUGAGAACACAUGUUGAUAUCGGCUUGACAACUAUCUUUUUACAACUUGUUUCCAGAUCUGUAACAACUUGUGCGCUUUUACGCAUGUAUAUUUGAAUACAAAACAGCUAGAUAUAUUGAAACUAAUCAACGUUAUAAUAUAACUGCCAGUUGACCACCAUCUACUGCACAAUAGUACUUAGUGAAACUCAACCAUAUAAUGGUUUUCAAUUCGUAUGCACCAUAAUGAUUUUGUUUUGCCUUUCUUCUAAAUUUAGCUCCACAUUCAAUUUCCGAGAAAGAUUCUGAAAAUGCUCCUCCAGGAUUUCCAGGAUUGGAGACAAUGUUGCCGCUGCUUCUUACAGCUGUUCAUCAGGGAAAAUUAACGAUUGAGGUAGGUGCAUCGCUAUGCAUCAACUUACUGAGAUUAAAAGUUAACCUAUACUAAAAUAACUUUACUUCCGUUUAGAACGAAUCCUUCCGUUUAGAGCUAUCCAGUAUAUUCUCCUUAGAGGUCCAGUUAGGGUCAUAAAUUAUUGAUCCAGUGUUACUACAGGAGGAAACCUGAACUAAACUAACUUUACUAUCAGUUCUAAACUGUUCUCCUGAGAGGUCCAGUAAGUGUCAUACCUAUUGAUCCAGUGUUCCUACAUGAGAAAACCUAAACUGAACUAACUUUAUUUAUACUGGUUGCUCCAUCAGUUCUAAACUGUUCUACCAAAAGGUCCAAUAGGUGUCGUACUUUGUUGAUCCAGUGUUACUACACGAGGAAACCUAAGCUAAACUAACUUACAUAUACUGUACAGCUCUAUCAGUUCUAAACUUUUCUCACUAGAGAUUUAGUAAGGAUCAUACCUUAUUGAUCCAGUGUUACCCCAAGAAGAAAUGUAAAGGAAACUAACUUCACUACUACAUGAAGAAACCUAAACUAAGCUAACUUUAUUUAUACUGGAUAGUUCUAUAUGUUCUAAACUGUUCUCUAUAGAGGUCCAAUGUGCCACGUUUAAUUUCUUCAGGAUAUUAUACUUCGACUUCAUACAAAUCCAAGACGUAUAUUUGGCUUGCCUGAACAACCUGAUACGUACAUAGAAGUUGAAGUUGGCUCAGAAUGGACCAUUCCUGACGCUAUGAAUUACACAAAGUCCAGGUGGACGCCGUUUUCGGGCAUGAAAGUUUAUGGAUCUGUGAAACGCGUGUUCUUGAGAGGACAGAUUGCAAUGGUUGAUGGGAAGGUGAGCCAGCUAUGUAUACGUAAGGGUUCUUCCACCAUUAUGGACAUUAAAUCCAGAGACCAUUUGGCAACAUUUUCUUUCUACUCUUCAUAAAGUAGUUAUAACAUAUUCGAGUUUUAUUAGGCUUUUAUUAUUUUACCUAAGGCUAACCCUUUGUGAUGCAAAGCGAAAUACACUGGUAUAGAUAUUUAUAAAUGCUUACCCAAUUGGUUUCAAAAGUUGUUUAUGGAUAUUACAGCUAAAACAACCAUUCAUUUCAGUUCAUAAUUUUAAAACUUAAUUUCUGUGAAUCUCAAAUGGUCGAAAAACAAUACUACUUUAUUAAAACGGACAACAAGUCACAGUAUAUUAAUGCAAUUGUAUAUUACAGUCAGUCUAUUAAUUUCACUCAUAAUUUUUACUGGUGAAAAUGUGUGUUACAGACAUUACACAAAAUGUUACGGACAUUAUACAGUGUGCGUGGUACCUAUUAAAUCAGUCAAAAAUCUCUUGACAUUCAUUGCAUGAAUCAUUUCUUACUUCUCAUAUGGAAUAGCCCUUAAGAAUUCUUCUUAUACAAGGUGUCGAAAAGUGCAGCCAUAUUUUUUACUGAUUGAACCCAAUUUUUGCAUUCAAACUACUACUCUUUUCACUUCAGGUGUUAGCCGAGCCGGGUUAUGGUGAAGAUAUUCGUUGCCAUGGUUUCGUGCCGUACGCGUCAGCACCGGUGAAACCUCUUGCCGUGGGCUCAGCUCCUAGCAGUCCAUUAAAGAUGACAGAACAACGUUGGGUAUUUCCUCCAAAUGUACAACGCAGUUUGGAAAAGGCUUUUUAUUCUGGGGAUAACGCCUCACCACGGCUAGGUCUAGGUAUGUUCCUUAUGGUUUCAUGAGUUUGGGGCUCAAUUGCUCAAUAUUUCCUGCAAAAGAUUACAGUAAAUGGGCGAAAAUAACAAAAUUGUCGUUUGUAAGCUAUAGUGAUAUGUCACACAAGACUGAUAAGGCACACAAGAUUAAAUGCUCAAGUAGUCAUAAUGAUUACAGUCUUACAGGAUUAAAAACAAAUUUCCUACUGCAGGUUAUAUAAAUAUUUUUGAUGAAACUUUUCCGCUGUAAUUUAGGUACCGAGUUAAUAAGAUUAUUUGUGUUUAAUCAUCUCAAUAAUUAGGUAUUUAGUGAUUUAGAUAUUUGAUCGGUUUAAUUUUCAGAAUUAGCUAUAAAACAAAAAAAAAUGAAAAUAUAAAUCCAAAAAAAAUUCUGGUAACUUGGUUCCCAGGUUCCAAUAACUUUUCCUCCUCUGGGCUUCGUUGCAAAUAUUUGCUCAGAAAAAAUCACAAAAUUUUGUUUCCCUUUAGACGCUAUGACUCCGGCUCAUUCUUUGGAACUUCCACAACCAACUCCUGCAUCCGUAGUCGCUGCACCUCGUCCCUCGCCGCCAAGCAGUCGGAAAUUCCCGUUGCCUCCUUCGUCGUAUCAUGGAUUACAUAAACAUCACGUACUUACUGUAAAGAGCUUCACGAAAACACAGGUUGGCCCACAAUUACCCACGUCAUCUUGCUCAAAUAAUCUGCCCUGGUUUGUGUCUGAACAUUUUCGAGAAAGCUUAACUCAUUGAGUUGCAUUGCGCCCUGAUGCGGCCUACUUUAUUAUUUUACUCUGUCUAACGCCAGAAGAUUUUACUCGUCAAGUGGAGAGUGCUGGCGCUCAAUGGAUUAAUCAGGCUAUCUGCCCAUGUGUCUACUUAACCCAUUGAGUCGCAUGGCGCCCUAGGUUAUUAUUUUACUCUGUCUAACGUCAGACUAUUUCAGUCGCCAAGGGGACUGCCCUGACGCUCAAUGGGGUUAAAAACACUUCCACAUUCGAAGUCAAGGCCUUCUACAGGGUCCCCACGGUCCUUGAAAAUCCUGGAAAGUCCUUGAAUUUUUUUUAAAAAAUCCAGGCCUGGAAAGUCCUUGGAAACUGAUAAGGUCCUUGAAAGUCCUGGAAUUUUUUUUUCAGUAGGCUGGAAAUAAUUGAAGAAUUAUUACCAGCCCAAGGAUUAUUGCCCAAAUGUUUAUUUUCUCCAAUUUUAAUUAAAAUUAUGUAAUAACAAUUGUCCAAAAGUUGUGUUGCGAAGCGGGUAUUCGACGAUCAGUCGGUCACAUAAUUUGAUAUUUGUUCACAUUAUGUGUAAACUAAAAAGGUGGUUACAUUGUCCUUGAAUAUACUGAAAAAGGUCCUUGAAAGUCCUGGAAAAGUCCUUUGAAUUUCAUCUUCACUAAAAGGUGGGGACCCUGCUUUUAGAAGGUGAUUUGUAACGUAUUGUCAAAUUCCAUAGCUGAGAGGAGCUUCGCGCACACAGUUGUUCGUCUAUAUGCCUUUACUUCCAUCUCUGGGGCUCUGAGUAUAUAAUUGUUUCGGUAGUAACACUCGACAAAUGGUGGACCUUGUACUGUGGAUAUCUAAGGAGGGCUGAGUUUUUGGCCACUUGUUGUUUAUUUUCAUACAGACAGAAAGUUAUAAUGAUACUUCAUUUUUUGCAGUUACGUCAUCUAUUCAAUGUGGCACACGAGAUGAGAUUGAUCGUACAGAGGGAUGGUUAUGUUUCAAUUCUUGAGGUAAGAUUUAAAUGUUGUGAUCGUUUACAUUUUACAAUUUCUCUAUGAAUAUAAGCAGUAACAUGUACCAGAUUUAAAUUGCCACUAACCCCAAAUAUAGUUUUUGGUACGAGUAAUGCUAAACAGGUUCUUAUGGUGCUUACCAGGAAUUGGGCUAAACAGGUUCUUAAAUAGGAUAUUCUUAUUUUCUUAAGAACAAAUCGACUCAUUUUCGGUAGGUGUGGUGUACAAUUUAUAUAAAUUAUGCACAAAUUAUCUAACAGUCCAUGAUGCUUGAAAACAUUGCUUACAGGCACUAGUAGUCGAGAUUGUCAUGUAGUAUUUUCACUGAAGAAAUGCAAUUAUUUGGUGUUAGGUUCAUAUAGACAUGUUAUGUAUCUGAAUGACGUUUCCAGGGUUCUGGGUAAUUUUCAUUACUUUGUGAAGAGCUCUUCAUAAUUUUUAAUUUUGACUCUAUUUGAUAAAAUAAGAACCUGCUUUGAAAUUCUAGCCUAAGCAGGUUCUUAUUUAAAGGGGGUCUAAAUUCUUAUAUGCAGGGUUUUACUGUACUGUGCAAUGUCAGAAUAGACCCUUCCAACGUUAACGACGCCAUAAUGAAACACAAUAAUGCAAGGGGUGAAAUUCCCUAUACGUAAAUUUGCAGGAGGUACAAACACAAUGGUGAAAGCAAUAGAUUCAAGAUGGCGUCCUUAACCUUGGAAGCGCCUAUACUCAUUUUUCAUAUCGGAGAAUGGUUCUGAAAUAUGUGUAAUGCUUGAGUCAUUUUAAGAAGAAAUGAAAUAUACCUUUAUAGUUUUAAAAAAGCUCAUUUUUAUCAACUUUUACACUGUAGAAAGUCCGAAUAUUAUAUUAUUAGAUUAAUUUUAGCAGGGAAAGAGUAAAGGGAAACUAAAUUUGUAAUUCAUCUGGUGACUCAUAUCCAGUGACCACUACAGUGAAAAUCUUGAUAUAAAUUUUUUUUUCCCACAAAGAUAUAUUACAUUUCUUUUUAAUCCAAAUAUUACACACACCAAAAAUAACCUAUUUCAAGGACCAAAUUUCAGAGUGAAAUUGACGAUUCUAGUAUACAUUUGUUUAAUUUUAUGCAAUAGGGUCGUAUCAUGGGUUCCAUGUUCUUCGAAGCAAGUACUCGUACAUUUUGUUCCUUCGCGGCAGCCAUGCAAAGACUAGGAGGCUCCGUUAUUCCUUUGAAGUCUUCUGACUCAUCUGCGAUGAAGGGUGAAACACUUUCUGGUAUGAUUGGUUUAACUGAUUUUAUUUAUAUCUGUAGUUCUAAACUGUCCUAUUCUAGAAGUGCAAUAAAUGCCAACUCUCGUGCAACUCAUCCUCGUUUGAUCCGCGGGUUUACUACAGCAGGAAAUCGGAGCUAAACUGACUUUAUUUAUGCUGGAUAGUUCUAUCCAAUAAAUACUAUUUCGUUUUGAUCCAGUGUUACUACAGAGAGAACCUAAGCUAAACUAACUUUAUUUGAACUAGAUAGUUCUACCAGUUCUAAACUGCCUUAAUUCCCUAGACCCAGUAAGGAUCUUUCCUCUAUAGAGUUACUGCAGGAGAAAACCUAAACUAACUAUAUUUAUACUAUAGAUAGCUCUAUCAGUUGUAAACUGCUUUCCCUAGACCCAGUAAGAGUCUUCCCUCCAGUAGUUACUGCAGGAGGAAACCUAAACCGACUGACUUCAUUUAUACUGGAUAGCUCAAUAUAUAGCCUAAGUUAUAAACUGUUUCCCUUAGAGGUCCAGUAAGAAGCAUCCUUAUUGGUUCUGUGUUACUUCAGAAAGAAAUCUGAACUGAACUAAUUUUAUUGAUACUGGAUAGUGGAUAGCUCUAUCGGUUCUGUCUUGAUUGCCCGCCUCAAUUUAACAGCAAUAUUAUACCUACUGUGUUUUCCAGAUAGUGUACAGAUGAUGCAAUCUUACUGUGAUGUUGUAGUGUUACGUCAUCCAACACCUGGGGCCGUAGAGGUAUCUAUACAACUUUACUUUUAUGAACUAUAAUGUUUUAUCACCAUAUUUAGUCAUAAUCCAAUGGACCUCUACUCAAAGGGGAGAAAGUGCUACCUUUACACUGACAUUGGUAAAUCGUUAGACUUUCGCGUCUUCUCGGAUAAGGACGUUAAAAUCGUAGGUUCCUCGGAUCCCCUAUCAAAUGGGCAACUCUAUAAAGUACUUUGACUAUACCUGUCACGUUUUAGGAAGAGUUACUAUUUUUAGACUUUGUCAUUUUGUAUUCGUUUGUAUUUUAAACUUAACCCUAACCCUUACUCUAACCCUAAUCUUAACCUUAACCCUUUCCUUAAUCCAAACCCUAAAAGUCUAAAAAUAGUACUGUUCCUAAAUAGUGACUCGUAUGCUAUUAUGGGAGCUGAAAUACACUUAUUUUCAAAAUAUUUGCGUUGUUUCUUGGUCAUUUUUGUUUUGUUAUGGUAUAUUGCUAAAGCGUUGAGAUGAAUAUCCUUGCACUAUAUUCACCGACACUAAUGUGAAUAAUUGUCAACUAUCAUUUUGUAAUUCCAGGAAGCAGCCAAGAAUUCUCUGAAGCCAGUGAUCAAUGCGGGUGAUGGUGUAGGAGAACAUCCCACCCAGGCUUUGCUCGAUGUCUUUACGAUACGAGAAGAAAUCGGCACCGUGAAUGGUCUAACGGUAAAACAGAAUAAUAUAUUAGCCAACCAUAUUCUUUAUUCUGCUCACAUGAUAAUACUGGAUACUUAAUGAAGUAUAUUGAUCCAGUUCUAGGACUAGAUCAAAAUUAAUUCACUCCUUGGACUGGAUCAAAAUUAAUUCACCUCACUUUGAGCAGUGAUUUAUUCGUAUAUGAUGUCAUUUCAAAUCCUCCAAUUCGGACUGGACUAGAUUUCAAGUCCUCGCAUUUUGAUCCUGUCCUCUGCCUGGCCUCGCACUUGAUCAAUUGGCGGACUUGAAAUCUAGUCCAGUUGGAAUAUAACUCAAAUGCCCACUCGGGGGCAAUUUUCGAAAGCCGGUUAGUUUAAUCUUAUAACGUAAAACUUCAAAACAAACUCCCUAACAGCUUGUAUAACAACUCGGUGGAAAUGUUAUUCCAGAAAUCUUGUCAGGAUCAAUAGAUGUUUUACGGACGUGCAGAAACACCAGGUUCAGUUAGCACUAAUCCAGCUUUGAACUGUGUUCGAUAGUGCCGCAAUUUGCCACAAUACUGUAGAAUCUUCUGGAUCAUUAGGAUCAGGGAUGGAUCCAGCAUGAUCUGGUCGGUUUGCCAGCUCUGGUGCCGAGUUGUGUCGGUCAUGUGUGCCGCCCGCCCAUCAACUUGCUUCACUACUGAAAAGUCUUGCUUGACUACUGUAUUAUAUAACAAUUUGGCUUCCUCACAACAAUAUUGUUACAGUAUUGUUCAGUUGUAACAAUGCUGUAACAACACCGUUGACAACUUGUUCUUAGGGUGCAGCACAACCUUGUUCACGCCUGUUUAUAUCAACCGGGGACAGUUAGGUUGUUCGUUUUUAUAACGCGUGCAGGCUAAGUACGUAAUUAGGUAAGCAUACGCAGUACUUGUUGUAAAGUGCAUUGAAUCAUCAUUGUACAUUUGCACCAUAGAAAUCUUAAUCUUCAAUUUUAGUAUGGAAUUUUUCUCUUUCUGUUAGAUAACAAUGAUUGGUGAUCUCAAACAUGGUCGUACAGUUCACUCUCUGGCGAGGUUGCUCAGUCUCUAUCGUGUCAAUCUCAGAUAUGUCUCGCCUGAAUGCCUGAAAAUGCCUGACGAGGUGAAGGAGUACGUAACCCAACGCGGGAUUACACAGGUAUAUAACUUUUAUGAAAGCUUAAACCUUUUCAGAGACAUGAUCCAGCUUGAUUAGCGCGGUUUGGGGGGGGGUGUCUAAAGGGGUAUUACAGCUUGGCGCGACCAUCCGAGCAUUGAGUUUUAGUGGGAGAGCAAUCCACUACUUCCAACACAGGGUGUUAGUCAGAAGAUUAAAAAAUUUGGCAAUUUAAUCAAAUUGGAAAUUUCGGUUAGCCUGUGACAUUCAGACCGGAGUUAAGGAAUAUCGUGUUUCUUUCAAGUGACGUUCUCGUGGCCUAGCGCCAGCUGAGCUAAGUUGAAACUUUCGAAGUGCAAAUCACCUGACAUUGUUUUGCGUACUAAAAACAGACAAAUUGUUUUUUAUGGCGAAGUUUCGAAGUUGGAAUAUUACCCGAAAACAAUUCGGUGAUGUUUCGCCGAAUUCCCCGAGCGGAGGGUCUAUAAAUGAUGAUUAUACCGAAAAUUAAAGAACCCACCAAGUUGAGAAUAAACUUUCUGAAUAACUAAGCCAUACAAUGUUUAAUUUUUUAUUUAUACCUGGGUUUUUGACGUUUCCCCUUGAUCCUGUAUCCUUUGGAUCAUUAAAAGUAACAUGAGGUUUCCUUGUUUUGUUCUGCCAUAUUUUUUCAUUAUGCUAAGCGCGUGGUGUCCACGCGUGAGCGUGGUAUUCUAUGGUAGCAUACUAUGGUAUACCACGUUGCAGUGGGUAAUCAUGGAAUUGAGUGAAAUACCGUAACGUAUCACAGCGUCACGUGGUACAAAAACAUCUUUGAUUGGACAAUAUGAGGUAUAAUAUUGUUUAAGCUUAGCUUGUUCAGCUAAUUGCAUGAUCAAGCAAAAAAGUGUACAAAGUAAAAAUGUACCUGUAUUGAGGAUAGCUGCCUGCUUUCUCGCCACAGGUAGUUCCUUAUGAAAGAUUAUGAAAGCCUUGACUACAAGGGUGGAGUCUCGUAAAUACUGCGAUAAGUCUGCAUCCUAACUGAAUUUAAACGCUUCCUACGAUAUAUUGAGGACAACUUCAAACGAAACAUUUACUGUAUAUAAUCGGGGUCAACCCUAGACCCUUCUCUCGGCUGGCUACCAAAUACUAGUCCAAAAUUUGCCUAGGUCUAGACUGGAUCGGAGUCAAGUAAAGACGCUUACGUUAAAACACGUAAUGACUCGACCUUGCUGAUUUUGGAUAUCACAAAAAUCUCAUCCAAUAACUGUUUAUUCUCACAGGAGGAAUAUACAAGCCUUGACGAAGUUCUCCCGGAUACUGAUGUACUUUAUGUUACACGAGUUCAAAAAGAAAGGUUUAAAAGCAUCGAAGAGUACAAUAAGGUUUGUUAGUAGAACUAGCCUGCGUGUAGACUCGACUCCAAUUUUUUAAAUAUUGUUGAGUCUGCACACAAGCUGGGGAGAACAGAUUAGAACAGAUAUAGAGGUAUCAAAACACGUAUCCUCCAAUCUACUACUAUUAAAACUUGUUUCUCUAUACUGUAGGUGUGUGACAGCUACGUAAUAACGCCAGAGACUCUUACCAAAGCGAAAGAGAAAAUGGUCGUGAUGCAUCCACUACCUCGAAUCAAUGAAAUUAGGUACGUUGCAGUGUAUACACUGCCAUUAGUAUAGGUAAUCACACGGGAAGGAUUGCAAUUAAUUAUUAACACUACGAGUGAUAUUUGAAAAAUGUGCCAAAAUUGCACGAGCCGCCGAGGCGAGUGCAAUUUGGCACAUUUUUCAAAUAUCACGAUUUUGUCAAGAGUUUUUAAUUCCUUUGUAAGCAAUUUAGUAUAAACAAACUUGGGAAAUGAUUAUAAACUCACAAAGGCACAUAACGUAAACUAGAACACAAGAUUCAAAUUCAAACAACAUAUUUUAGACUAAGAAAAUCUUUAUAAAUUGUAUUUCAAACUUACAAAGUCAUGUUUCGCUGCAUCCCGCCAAGAUUAUUUCUUAAAAAUGUUUCCAGGUAUUUUCCACAGGCUCUUUUUGCCAUACAAUGUUUCUUAAACUCAUUCUUGUGCCAAAAUUCAGUUAAAUUCGUCCACAUUUGUUAGAAAUAAUUAGCUAAAUUUCGCCGCCAUAUUGGAUUUUGUUGUUUUGAUUUCCCGCUCCCCCCAGCCAUCACGAAAAUUAUUAAUUGCACUCCUGGAGAGUGCAAUUAAUGAAAUAAUUGCACUCCUCUUAACCAAUUAGAUUGCAGUAAUUUUGUCAUGUAUAUAAUAAAUCUAGAAAGAGAACUUGAGUUGGUAUUUAUUGUGUUUAACCUUAUUACAUCCGCUAGGAGCUUAUGUUUAUAGAUUCUUGGUUUAUAAACAGCAGAAUACAAUGGCGAACACUUCGCGAAAUAUUGGGGAGGGGGGAUUAGGUUUCCACUAUAUGACAACAUUUUAUUGCUUGAAAUCUCAGUUCCUUAAACUUUUUUGCCUUAAAUUUUGUACAUAAUUAGCUUACUCUAUAGUCUAUAGCCUACCUUGCUUUCAUGGUCGAAAAACAACGGUUUACGGCACCGAACAGAAGUGUUUGCAUGAAUUAGAGCACAACAAAAUAGUGGAUUUUCAGACAGAAUAUUAAAUUUCAAAAUUUACUAUUCUGGUUGUAUAGUACCCUCGUUCCAGUGGCGUAUUUUCAUUGCAUAUAAUAUUAGGAAUGGCGAAGUGAAAAUAAACCUUUUGUUGAAAGCGGCAACAACAUGGCUAUCGUACAACGUCAUCCAAUUAACAAUCAACCAAUCAGAACACACUUGACACGUGACAAGUUUUGAACUGAACCAAUUGGAGAACUUCUUUGUGUAAUUAUCCAAUCAGGCGACAGAGAUGGAAUCUGAACCUACUUUAAACAGAUUGGUUCGAACCAGAAGUUUAUUUUGCCUUCGCCAUUUUUAAUACUGUAUAUGCAAUGAAAAUAAAUCUCUAGAGCCAGCCAAGGUUGAUGUACAGUAGAAACAAAUGUAAAUUUUGAUUUCUGCUAAGCAGGUUGUUCCGAUACUUUUCCACCUCUGUUGCAAAGUAGUAAUUCUUCCUUCUCUUACAGUACCGAAAUAGACACGGAUCCCCGUGCGGCAUAUUUCCGCCAGGCCGAGUAUGGUAUGUAUGUUCGUAUGGCAUUGCUUGCUAUGGUUGUUGGCAAGUGAACUCUACUGGUAUGCAUGGUAUGGACUGCGUGAAAAACUAGGCUUGAAUGUUUACUCUAGUGUGUUUUAGACCUGGCCGGCAAAAUUUGAUAUACAGGGCCGUGUAUCAAAAAAUAAGAUCCAACUUCAGCAUGUUUGCGUGCUUUAGAUAUUGAGUUUAUCAAUAAACUUUUUACACAGCAAGAAAAUCCAGGCUUCUAGCUGUCCAAUGAUAACUUUUUUGUAUCAUAAGAGAAAAUGGCCAAAUACGAAACGAAUAAAAAUUUCCGGUGGAAAUCGCAUUUUCCCACCGUUGGGAAUUUGGUGAAAGACUAUUGAAAGUAAAUCCCAUUUGGAUCUAAAAUUCAUGAAUUUUAUAAUAGUUUUGUUUGUGGAAACACUACGUAAAUUUAUUAUCAUGAAUUUUAAUUAUUUUUUUUUGUUCUGCACAGAUUUAAUAAUGCACAUAGGUGGAAAAUGUGAUUUCAAGCGGCAAUUUCAAUCGGCUCGUAUUCUGUCAUUCUUGCUUGAUAUGAUACAAAAAAACUAAAACCCUGGGGCCGGUUGUAUAAAAAAGUGAUUAAAGUUAACUAUAGUUAGUGGAAACGUCAUCCAAUAAGAAGCGCGUAUUUGAGAGUUAAUCACUAUUUAACUACAAAAUAGUGAUUAAAAAAGUGAUUAAGAGUUUUAUACAACCGGCCCCUGAUCUUCAUUAAUAUGAGAAAAUUAAAUCUUCACUAUAGAUGCCCCUAGGGCCUAGACUAGUAUUGAGCGUACAACAGCACUGUAAAGCCGAAUUAUCUUUUAUUAUACACACCCUGUAUUACCUGUAUAUAGAUUAGCUGCGAUAAUUGGAAUAAUAUACGCCUUUUACGUAUAAUACUUACCAUAUAACAACACUGCCAGUCUGUCACAAUUCAUAUAUAAAUUGAAAUGUCUAAAGGGUUCAUAUAAUGUAACAGAGUUACGUUAUCGUGCAGUAUACAUACAAAGAUACGUAGUUUCUAAUAGACCUUUCCCCUUUU